AUGACUAAUGUGUCAGUGUCAGGUGGCGGCAGCGGCCAGUCCCUAGGGGCGGCGCUGGUGUGCGCGCGCGCAGCCGGCCUCACCGAGAGGCAGCGCGCCAUAUGUCGAGCCUCACCCGCCGCCGUGGCCGCCAUCGGAGAUGGCCUCAGGAUGGCGUACGCCGAGUGUCGGUUGCAGCUGGCGGGAAGGCGAUGGAACUGCUCCGGCGUCGGCGACUCGCACCACUUUGGACAUGUCAUGCCAUUAGCAACCCGCGAGGCGGCCUUCACGUACGCGAUCACUUCGGCGGGAGUCACACACGCGCUGAGCGCAGCGUGCGCCCGCGGCGACCUGCCCGCCUGCCAGUGCACUGCCAACCGUCGCCGAGGUUCAUCAACUUCGGAGCAGUUCGAGUGGGGUGGCUGCGGGGACGGCGCGUACGGCGCGCGGCUCGCACGGCGUUUCCUGGACGCGCGCGAGCUGGAGCGCGAUGCGCGCGCGCUCAUGAACCUACACAACAACCGCGUCGGCCGCAAGGUGGUGAAAGAGCUGGUUCGGCGCGAGUGCAAGUGCCACGGCGUGUCGGGCUCGUGUGCGGUGCGCACGUGCUGGCGCGCGCUGCCGCAGUUCCGCGCCGUCGCCGCGCUGCUGCGCGACAAGUACGACCGCCCCAAGCAGGUCACGCUGCAGGCGCGCCGACUCAUGGUGGUUCGGCGGCACAAGCACGGCUCCGUGACAACGAGGCAGCCGAGGAAAGCGGACCUCGUGUACCUGGAGGUGUCGCCCUCGUACUGCGAGCCAGACGCGGCGGCCGGCUCGCUCGGGACACAUCACAGACAUUGCAACAGGACCUCCAGAGGUGAGGACGGCUGCGAGUCGAUGUGUUGCGGGCGCGGGUACAGCACGGUGCGGCGCGUGCUCGAGACAAAGUGCCGCUGCCGCUUCCACUGGUGCUGCCGGGUCACCUGCGACACCUGCGUCGCGCGCACGGAGUCGCACGUCUGCAACUGA